AUGGGGAAAAAAAACAAAAACACCAUUUCGAUUUCACAAAUUAACAAUUUUCCAUCUUUCUUUCUAAUCCAAAGAGUGUCUGAUUCAAAAGAGACCUUUCAUAACGUGUCCCCAUUUCUUGUCGAAAAAGCCAUUUCUGGUAAUGUAGGUGAGGUUAAAUCCACAAAGAAGCUCCGAUCUGGCGAUUUGCUAGUUGAAGUUGGAUCUGCCAAACAGUCCAAACAAAUUGCUAUGCUGAAAAAUUUAUCUACAAUUCCUAUUCAAGUUAGUCCCCACCCGACAUUAAACUCCUCCAAGGGAGUUAUAUCCUGCGGAGAGCUAUUAAAUGUUUCUGUUGAAGAUAUAACUAAAGAUUUAAAAAAUGAGGAAGUGACCCAUGUUCGGCGUAUUUCUAUACGAAGGGAUGGCCAGCUCCUAAAAACAAAACAUUUAGUAUUGAUGUUUGAUUCUCCUAAAUUACCUGAGCACAUAAAAGCCGGAUAUAUGCGCCUUUCUGUCCGAGAAUAUAUUCCAAACCCAUUGCGUUGUUUCAAGUGCCAACGCUUCGGGCAUUCUAAAACUUCUUGCCUCGAGACUCUAACAUGCGCCCGUUGUGCAGAAUCUGGUCAUGAUAGUACUAACUGCACUGCCGAAGAGAAGUGUGUGAAUUGCAAAAACCAGCACACUUCCUUUUCCCGAAACUGUCAUGCUUGGAAACAGGAGAAAGAAAUAAUUUCAACUUAG